AUGGUAGGAGCUGCUGUCAAGAGCAAUGCUGGCAAAGCUCCACAGCCCGGAGCCCAGCACUUCCCUGGCGUGCAGAACACAGCAAGGUGUGUGGCUGCAAUUGCAAUAUGCCCAAGAGGAAGAGAGAUGCUCUUCAGUCAUGGAGACUUUCUGAAGAUGAGGUGGAUCACGCUCUCCUCCCUCUGCUUAUUGAUGCACCUGCUUCAGGAGGAGACAACUACGAUGCUGGUUUUGGAAAGUCAAGACCUGCAAGAGUUGAUUAAACCGCAGAAAGUCACGUUUCAUUCAUUAAACUUCAACAACACUUUGCGCUGGCUGCCCGGGAGAGCCAGCGAGACACGAGACACUGUCUACUUUGUGCAGUAUAAAGUGUAUGGGCAGAGCACGUGGCAGAACAAAGGAGACUGCUGGGGGAUUCAAAAUCAUUUUUGUGACCUAACGAAAGAGACUUCGAACAUCCAAGAGCCUUAUUAUGGCAGAGUAAAAGCUGCUUCAGCUGGAGUCUAUUCCGACUGGAAUCUCAGCUGCAGAUUCACACCAUGGCGAGAAACUAUGAUAGGACCUCCAUCAGUAAAUGUGGUUCACAGAAACAAAUCCAUAACACUAAAGCUCCAGGCUCCACGUUCUCCAUAUAAAAGGAAGAGAGGCAGCAACAUACCAAUGACAAAUUAUUAUGAUCUGCUGUAUCAAGUCUUCAUAAUUAACAAUUUGCUAGAUGAAAAACACAGCACCUUGGUGUAUGAAGGAGCAGACAGGGUUAUUACAAUAGAAGAUUUGAGACCUGGCAUCAGCUACUGCAUCAUAGCAAAAACUUACGUGCCAAUAUUGGACCGCAGCAGCGCAUACAGCAGCCGGCAGUGCACGGUGCUGCUGUGA